AUGCCACCGACUCGCCCGUCAAGGUCACCGCGCUACUCGGCCCCUAAACCCUUUUUCAAUCUCCGCCGCGUCCCGAAGCCUCUCCCUCGUGCACCAGACCACAAGGCCAACAAGGUCAAGCUGGUGCUUCGCGGGCACCACGCGCAGGGCAUGCCCGUCUAUUCCUCCGCCAUGGACACGUGGCUGACCGUCAAAACCACGUAUGCCAAGCACUUCCGCAUCGCGCCACAGGACAUCCACCUAGUCUGGGAUGGCCAGCAGCUGCGCGACAAGGACACGGUGGCGGAGACCAUCGCCCUGUACGAGGAGGAUUUCGGCGACGGCGAGGGCCUCCUGAUUGAUGUCCUGGAUAAACCAUAG